ACGGACCAGAAGCAACGUCUGAAAGCUGUUUUGUUCUGUACGUAAACUAUACUCUUGUUGCAUAUCUUCGAAUACGAAAUGGUCAGAUACAGCAAAUGUCACUACAAAAGAACAAAUCUGCCAACACUUCCCUCCAAAGACAUUUGAUCAAGUUCACCAUUGCUAUUUCCUUUAGAUACUGUCUUUGCCUAAUUCCUAUACUUCCAAGAAACCUCAUCACACGAGAGCCUGAAGCGGCUCACGAGGGAACGAUGAUGCGUUACUGGGGCGAGAUCCCCGGGCCGGCAGGCGCCCCACCGAGCCGCAGCUCCUUCGACCUGCUCCAGCGCGAGUUCCGCUCGGUGGAGAUGCAGGACCCCCCUCUGCACCAGCCCUCGGCCCAGCGGCCCCGGCCCACCACCAUGCUGGACAUUCCCUCUGAGCCCUGCAGUCUCACCAUCCACACAGUGCAGCUAUGCCAGCACACCCGACGCCUCCGCGGCCUCCUGGCUGCAGCCCAGGGGAAAGGUCUGGUCCCCUCAGAGGGCGGUGGUGCUGGAGGAAGUAGCAGGCUGGAGGAAGGGGAGGCUCUGCCCCCAAGGCCACCCACACCGCCGGCCGCCCCCGAUGACCUGCUGCCCCUGGACAGCAAGGCACCCUGGCAGCCCUUCCAGCUCUGCCACAGCGACCCUGAGAGUGACUUUUACAUGGGAAAAGGUGAGCCCGUCACGGAGCUGAGCUGGCCCUCGUGCCGACAGCUCCUGUACCAGUCAGUGGCCACAGUCCUGGCCCACGCCGGCUUCGAGUCGGCCCAGGAAAGCGUGCUGGAGACCCUGACUGACCUGGCCCACGAGCACUACCUGCGCCUCAGCCGACUGCUGCGCACGGCCGCGGACCGCGAGGCCCGCCUGGGCGCCACACCCUUCCCGGACGUGGUAGAGCAGGUGUUCCACGAGGUGGGCAUCGGCAGCGUGCUGGCCCUGCAGCGCUUCUGGCAGGUGCGCAUCAAGGACUACCACAGCCACAUGCUCCAGGUCAGCAAGGAGCUGUCGGAGGAGUAUGAGCGGCUGGUGAACCCUGAGAAGGCCCUGGAGGACUCCAAGCCCCCGCGGAUCAAAGAGGAACCAAUGAAUGACAUUGCCUUCCCCGUCAGCGAGGAGCCAGAGGCGGACCAGGCCUCUGGGGAUCAGGCCCUCCCCAUGGGAGUUCUGGGGGCCCCAAACGAGAGGCUGGCUGGGGGCCUGGAGGGGGAACACUCACCACACACCUCAGGCAGUGGAGUUGCCAUCAGCUCCCCCUUGUGGCACCUGUCGCAGGUGAAGAUGGAGCCCCAGGACAGCGAGGAGGGCCAGGUGUCAGGCCACGGGGUACUGGGGGGUGAUGUGUUCGAGGAGGGAGGGCCCAUGUCCACCAUGAGCGAGGCAGACGGCAUGGCGCCCUCGCCCGGAGGGGCGGCGUCCGACGGCAGCUACGCCUCGCACUCUCCCGACUCACUCAUGAGCACGUCACCCGUCUUCAACCAGAGGCCCAGGAAGCGCAUGAAGAAGAUAUGAGGAGCCUCAGACUCGCGGAGGUAGCCAUUUUGUGUCAAGGUAACAUGGGCACAUAGUGGCCAUACGAAACAUUGCAAGGUUGCAAACAAAUUCCUAUGCCGUUGUCCAUUUUCCCCGAACAGAUCUGAAAGUAUUGGAUAGGUCUCAGCACGAGGGCCAUGCGCGCCAGUUGGUGGCAGAACAUGGGAGUUAUUCUAGAAUGCCAGCAAAAAAGCCUCUAUUUACAUGUUGCUUAUGAAUGCAUUUCACACUACUUUUGGAUUAUAAUUGGAUUUUAAGGCUUGUGUGAAUGUCCUGCUUUAUAUAAUAUGUGUGUCAUCAUCGCAAAUCAACUGCAUUAUACGUUUAAAAAAAACACUUAACCUUCAACCAGUAAAAUGGCUCUAUGACAAUGAGCGUUAGCAUUCUAGCGAACAACUGCUCCAUGCAAAAUAGUUAUUUUGCAAAGAUCACAAACAAAUGUAAUCUUAGUGACUGUUCAAGCAUUGUAAAAGUUAUUUUGUUUAGAAGUAAUAUAGUCUGUUGAAUGAGCGCAGCCAAGAGUCACGCACAUCUGUGGGUGACGUCAGUGUGUUGUGUACUGGAAAGGGGUCUAUAUGUCCUAGUGUUGCACGGUAUACCGGUACCACAGUAAUAUCACAGUACCAAAACGUCAUGAUACUUAUGAUACCAACAUUUACAAAUACAAGUACUACCACAUAUUUCGCCCCCACCGAUCUAAAGAACCCACUGGCGCCUGUUCUAAAAUGUUUACAAAGUCAGUUUUGUUUAUAAAUACAGUUAAAUUUAAGCGAACUAGUCUUGUAUGUGCCAGUCCAAUAAAGUCCACUUCACUUUCAUGCGCAUAUCACGUGUGGCAGCUGUAAUCCACCAGCCACAUCCCCUAUCAGCCCUUACUCACCUGCUUUUCUCCUUCCGCUCUUCCUGCACAUCUAUUUCAUCAGUUUUUAUAAUAUAAUUUAGCUGUGAUGGCAAGUGGGGAUGCAGACCCCGAGGGGUCUUCAGUUAAAUGUUGAAGCAGAGCGAGAAAAGUUAAUACAUUGUCAAAUUGUAUUGGUCACAUACACGUGUUGAGCAGAUGUUAUUGCGGGCGUAGCGAAAUGCUUGUGCUUCUAGCUCCGACAGUGCAGUAAUAUCUAACAAGCAAUAUCUUAUCAAUUACACAACAUAUACCCACAAAUCUAGUAAAGGAAUGGGAUUUAAGAAUAUAAGAAAUAUAAUUUCAUCCCUGGUAUAACCAGGACCACAGUCCAAUUUGAGUAGGCUUUGCAAGUUCGCUGUCAUGCAGCCUCUUUAAAUGCCAGAGAGGAAAAGCAGCUUGGCUAAAGACAUGAUUGCAGUAUUACAGCAAAGAAAACAGCUUGUCUAGCUCAAACAGUUUAAAAAAAUGUAUAUAUUCCUGCGCAAUUUCAUGCACCUUUUUAAUUUUUUUUUAUCAUUUCACAAACCAUGUUGCGGGCCGUUUGAAUCCAGGCUCGCUAAUUAUUGGUUUGAUAAGAAGAAAAAAAACGUUGUUCAGUCAUGUUACCUAGCAAACAAUCUUGUAACUUGACAGUAGGUCUAGCCAAAUUUGGUUGCCACAGGAAGAAAGGAAAAUUAUCUGCUACUCAUGAGAUGUGCUUCAAAAAGGUAGGAUUUAUAUAGGCCUAAUGUAAUACUGAAAAAGAAUAUAAAUGCAACAAUUAAAAAUAUUUUACAGUUCAUGUAAGGAAAUCAGUCAAUUUUAAAGAAAUUCAUUAGGCCUCAAUCUAUAGAUUUCAAAUGCCUGGGCAGGCACGCAGCCAUGGGAGGGCAUAGGCCCAUCCACUUGGGAGACUGUUCCACCCACGGGGGAGCAAUGCCCAGCCAAUUUUCCCCACAAAAGGGCUUUGUUAUAUACCAAAAUACUCCCCAGUUUCAUCAGCUGUCCGGGCGGCUGGUCUCAGACGAUCCCGCAGAUGAAGAAGCAUGAUGUGGAGGUCCUGGGCUAGCAUGGUUACGCGUGGUCUGCAGUUGUGAGGCCGGUUGGAUGUACUGCCAAAUUCUCUAAAGCGACAUUGGUAGAGAAAUUCAUUCAAUUCUCUGGAAACAGCUCUGGAGGACAUUCCUGCAGUCAGCAUGCCAAUGCCAUACUCCCUCAAAACUUAAGACAUCUGUGGCACUGUGUUGUGUGACAAAACUGCACAUUUGAGUGACUCAAAUCAAAUGAAAUGUAUUUAUAAAGCCCUUCUUACAUCAGCUGAUACCUCAAAAUGCUGUACAUAAACCCAGCCUAAAACCCCAAAGAGCAAGCAAUGCAGGUGUAGAAGCACGGUGGCUAGGAACAACUCCCUAGCAAGGCCAGAACCUAGGAAUAAACCUAGAGAGGAACCAGGCUAUGAGGGGUGGCCAGUCCUCUUCUGGCUGUGCCGGGUGGAGUGACCUUUUAUUGUCCCCAGCACAAGUUGCAUCUGUGUAAUGAUCAUGCUGUUUAAUCAGUUUCUUGUUAUGCCACACCUGUCAGGUGGAUGGAUUAUCUUGGCAAAGGAGAAAUGCUCACUAACAGGGAUGUAAACAAACUUGUACACCAAAUUGGAGAGAGAUAAGAUUUCUAUGCAUAUGGAAUCUUUUAUUUCAGCUAAUGAAACAUGGGGCCAACACUUUCCAUGUGUCAUUUGUAUUUUUGUUCAGUAUAUAAAAAAAAAUCUCUCUUUCUGGUGCCCCUUAAAUUAUGCUUGGUGACUAUCGUUUUUAAAGUUGGGAGCAGUGUGUAUGUGUUUGUGGGAGAGCGAGUGGUGUGUGUUUAUGAGAGAGAGGGAGGCAGUGUGUGGGUCUCUUAACUGAAGAGUAAAGAAAAUGUAAUGUAGCGUUUUCCCCUUACUGCCACAAUGACAUGCAGAUCAUUAUGCAUGUAUAUUCCUUCCCUCCAACCAAAUCACAAGUAGGCCUUUGGAAGUAUGAUAAAAUCAGCCAUUUCUAUGCAGUAUUCUAUUAUACAAGUGAACAGUGUGAAGUUAAAUUCAAUAUGUGUUGUAUUGAGUAGAAGUGUGAAUAUCAGUGAGUUUUUUUUGUGUGUAGCAUAUGCACAUAACGUUUAGAAACAUGAACAAGCUUCAGUGGGGGAUGGGGCGAAGAGGACGCUAGGUCACUCUGAUUUUUUUUCUUCCUGUGGUGUUGCAAUACUACUCGGUAUUGUGAUACUUGGGUUGAUAUCGUAUCGUUAGUAAAAUGUUGGUAUUGUGACCACUAAUAUGACCAAAACGUAACCCAGUGUCAGCCAUUUUGCAUACUUCUAUCCAAUCCUUUCAGAUACUAUGAGGGUAUAUGGGUGCUGGGUUGGCUUAGCCUUUGGGUCGGAAAGGCUGUUGAGUAGUAGAGGUGGCCAUUCUAUCUACUGAACUGGGUGGUCAUACAAAGUUCUUCAGAAGGACCAUUGAGAGACUGCAGAAUGCAAAUGGAUGGCCAUGAAAGGAAAUAACAAGAUGGCGCGGUUACACACAUUCUGUGGAUCGGGUAGUACUUAUUUUCUCUAUUUUCAAAAUUAUUUAAUGGCUCUUAGUUUUGUUUUUUUCCACCAACUCCUCACUUGAUGAACUGAUGGUGAAGACAUUGUAGUUUAGGUUCUUGCAUGUAGGAAACAUUAGUUGGAUAAAUGCUUUCUUUGAGGUGGUGUUAAUUUAAUGUUAAAAUGAAUAAAUGCCUUUAUGUCAAA